UUAUCUCAUGCUAAAGCUCUGUGCGCUCGGACUGAAAGCAUCCGCGCUGGAGGAGAGGCUGUGAGAUGCUUUUGCCGGGUGAACUGUGACGCACAAGUCAGGAACUGGCAGACAGCUGGGAAAGAUUACGUCGGCAUUGCUUCACCGAAGGACUUUAAAAUCCAGAUCACAAGACUCCGUAAAGUCCAGUACUAACUUAUAGCGACCACUACCUGAAGACCCACAGUGGUGACCAUGGACAACGGAGGGUUUUGCGACGAUAAUUAUCAGAGUGGAAGCAGUGAUGAUGAGCUGGUGGAUAUUUCAGAUGUCACAGUGGACUUCAGUGAGGAUGUCCCGCCUCUGGACCGAGAUUACAGCGCGGGCCGCUGUAAAGCAGAAUGGAGGCCAAACAACAGUCCCAAGCUUAUGGAUCUAUUGGAUGACACAGUUCCUGGCAUUGGCACCUAUGAGGACUUCAACACCAUCGACUGGGUUAGGGAGAAGUCUAAAGACCGAGAUCGGCAUAGAGAGAUCACCAAUAAGAGUAAGCAGUCCACAGUAGCCUUGCUCUUCAGCAUCAGUGAUGCCUUUUCCGGCUGGCUUCUCAUGCUUCUCAUUGGACUCAUGUCAGGGGCCUUAGCUGGAGGUAUAGACAUUGCUGCCCAUUGGAUGACAGACCUUAAAGAGGGCGUGUGUCUGAACGGGUUUUGGUUUAAUCACGAGCACUGCUGCUGGGCUUCCAACGAGACCACUUUCCAGGAAAGAGACAAGUGUCCUCAGUGGAAAAGCUGGGCAGAACUCAUGGUUGGAGUCAGUGAGGGGCCUGGAUUGUAUGUAGUGAAUUAUUUCAUGUAUGUGUGCUGGGCUCUUCUCUUCGCCUUCCUCGCAGUGAUUCUGGUGAGAGCCUUUGCCCCUUAUGCCUGCGGUUCAGGAAUACCAGAGAUUAAGACCAUCCUGAGUGGCUUUAUAAUUCGGGGUUACCUUGGGAAGUGGACUUUGAUCAUCAAGACCAUCACACUGGUGCUGGCUGUCUCGUCCGGUCUCAUUCUGGGGAAGGAGGGUCCACUGGUUCACGUAGCCUGCUGCUGCGCAAACAUCCUAUGCCAUUUCUUCACCAAAUACCGUCGAAAUGAGGCCAAGAGACGAGAGGUGUUGUCUGCAGCAUCUGCAGUGGGAGUGUCUGUAGCGUUUGGUGCUCCUAUUGGAGGAGUGCUUUUCAGUCUGGAAGAGGUCAGCUACUACUUCCCUCUGAAGACACUGUGGCGUUCGUUCUUUGCUGCUCUGGUCGCAGCAUUCACCCUUCGCUCCAUUAAUCCCUUCGGCAACAGCCGAUUGGUCCUUUUCUACGUGGAGUUCCACACUCCCUGGCAUCUUCUGGAACUCAUACCUUUUGUGCUUCUGGGCAUCUUCGGUGGCCUUUGGGGGGCUUUCUUUAUUCGUGCUAACAUUGCCUGGUGCCGUCUCCGAAAGAACACCUGCCUUGGGCACUACCCUGUCCUCGAGGUUGUGGUGGUCACCCUGUUCACAGCGUUGCUAGCGUUCCCAAUCGAGUACACUCGGAUGAGCAGCAGCGAACUGAUCUCAGAGCUGUUUAAUGACUGUGGUCUGCUGGACUCAUCGAAACUCUGCAGCUACACCAGCAACAGUGGAAGCGCAUCAGGAAGUGUUAAUGCCACUGCCGCUAAUGGUCUGGGGGCUCGGCUGGCGGGGCAAGGUCUCUAUACAGCUAUGUGGCAGCUAGCUCUUGCGUUGGUCUUAAAGAUGUUCUUUACCGUGGUUACAUUUGGCAUGAAGGUGCCAUCCGGUUUAUUCAUACCCAGUAUGGCGGUGGGAGCCAUAGCAGGCCGACUUCUUGGUGUGUGCAUGGAGCAGCUGGCGAUACGCCACCACGAACAGGACAUUUUCAGAGGCUGGUGCUCUCCAGGGGCAGACUGCAUCACGCCGGGUCUGUACGCCAUGGUGGGCGCAGCGGCCUGUCUGGGUGGUGUGACCCGUAUGACCGUCUCUCUGGUGGUCAUUAUGUUUGAGCUGACGGGAGGUUUAGAGUACAUCGUGCCCCUCAUGGCUGCCACCAUGACCAGCAAAUGGGUCGCGGAUGCUCUGGGUCGUGAGAGCAUCUAUGAGGCCCACAUCCGCCUCAACGGUUACCCUUUCCUGGAGGCCAAAGAAGAAUUCCGUCACAAGACUCUUGCCACAGAUGUGAUGCGGCCACGGCGGAGCGACCCACUGCUGUCUGUGCUGACGGAGAGCAGAAUGACUGUAGAGGAGGUGGAGAGACUCAUUGCAGACACCACCUACAGCGGCUUUCCUGUGGUGAUCUCACAGCAGUCUCCGAGAUUGGUGGGCUUUGUGUUGAGAAGGGAUCUGAUCAUAUCCUUAGAAAAUGCCCGGCGGCAUCAGGAGGGUGUGGUCAGCACGUCUCCCAUCCUGUUCACUGAAUGUGAUCCACCCAUGUCACCCAGUGCUCCUCCUGCAGUCAAACUGCGCAGCAUCUUGGACCUCAGCCCCUUUACGGUCACUGUGCACACGCCCAUGGAAAUAGUAGUGGACAUCUUCCGCAAGCUCGGCCUGAGGCAGUGCCUCGUCAUUCAGAACGGGCGUUUGCUGGGAAUCAUCACUAAAAAGGACAUUCUUAAACACAUGGCGCAGAUGGCCAACAGAGACCCGGAUUCAAUCCUCUUCAACUGAAGACUCUCAAGACUGAAUGGACACUCCUGCACACACACCUGAGGGCUGAAUCAUCCUGCAAUGAUUAUGAUGAUGGUGGUGAUGAUGAUAAUGAUGAUGAUGGUGGUGGUGGUGGUGGUAGGACUGUGUGUGUCGCUGAGGUACUGCUAUUAUACAGUGGUGUGAGAGUGGCCUAAGGCAGCUUUUCGUUCUUCCACCACUGGACCUGUUCAGACAGGAGCUGUUUAGCCUGUCCCGAGGCUACAGAGACAAUGUAAAAAAUGCUGUCCUCUCACACCUGUGAACCUCACAUCAGGCCUGAUCUGAAUUGUUGCCAUCGGGACUUGCUGUAUGUGGACCAAAUGCUUUUCCUGCCUACACGUAUAUAUUUAAAUAUGGGGAUCAACGACUUCUUUUUGGACUUUUUUUCUUUUUUUUUAAAAAUUAUGGUGCUUUACUCUUCUUAAAAAGUAGCUUUAACCAGCUUCAUAUGGUUGUUAGUCUUCCAGGCUGAUCUGGGUUGCUGGUUUUGGGCAUUUAUUUGAAGCGGAGACUAACUGACUGAGACGGUUUUAAGCCAGCCAACAAUCUAAGAGUAGUUCAAGCAAUUUUUUAGUAGGGUUUCCAUCCCUGGAGUGACGUUUGACCUCGAAAGGAACUUCAGAAGGGUGAGAACAUUCCUGAGAUGAUCUGGGAAAUGUGCGUUAAGGGUGUCUUGUCAGAACCUGCGUGUGUCGAGUGAUCCCUGUGGGAAGAUGUGCCGUCUUUUGUAGAAGUGCAGUGAGAUUUAGUGUAUCAUUUUGAAGUCACACAGAUGCACUUCCUCGAUCUCAUUUAUACAUGCUAGCAAAACGCCCUCAGUAGUGCCGUUCCUAUUUCUCACUCUUUGAGAAGGAGGCUUUGAAGAUAAAAUGCCACUCUUGAAAAGUUUAUAUGUGCGUUUGACUUCAAAAGGACAGUAGCCAGUGUCGAUUUUUAUGGUAAAAGAUGCAGUAAAAGGAAUGAUUCAUCCAAAAAUACUGUAAUUUACUCACCCUUUUGACAUUCCAAACCUGUAUGACUCUCUUUUCUUCUGAGAAAUAUAAAAUGAGACAUUUUGAGAGCGAGUCUCAGUGGGUUUUUCCUCGAUACAAUACAAACGAAUAGCGACUAAAACUGUUUGGCUACCAGAAUUCUUCAAAAUCUGUUCUUUUGUGUUCUGCAGAAGAAUAAAAGGUCAUACAGUUUUGGAUCAAAACGAGAGUGAAUAAAAGACAGAAUUUUCAUUUUUGUUUGAACUAAGCCUUAUGUUGUGUUAUGUUGAAGUGCCCUGGUUCUCCCUCUGUCGUUCCGCUUUUACAACAAGCUAUUUGGUCUUACCAGUGGCAUAUGUUUUCCAAAAAGUUUGCAGUGGCUGCCAAACAACCAAUUUCCACUUAGCUUCCCAAGCUGCAGUUCCCGUUUGGCACCACCAGGCGGCGCUAUCUCACAGACUGUUCAUUUUGGACAUUGUGCGCCAUUUGACUGAUUCUUGGCCCCGGUUUGCUUGCUGGGUGUGUUGCGGCAUUCUCUCAUGUCAUUACCUUUGGGACUCUUUACAUUCCCCCAACAUCUUUAUGCUCAUAUUGAGCACCUGGGCCCCUCCAUGCUGUCUUUGGAGAUGCGAAUCCAUUCCUCCGUCCAUCACCCUUGCAUGUAACCGCUGUCGUCCUCAGACAACCUCAGCGAAGCAUCUCCAGGCAACUCCCUUGUUUGUCCGUGAGGAUCCGAUCAUGACAUAACGAGAUCCUCCCUGUAAUGAAAGGGAUAAACUCAUACUGUAGUCCCUUUCCUUGGCACACUUGUUUGACUUUGUGUCUCUGUGCGUUUUAAAACCUCCACCCUCUUGUUUUUUUCCCCACCUGCAUUGGCAUUUGGGUUGUUUAUGACCUAUUAAAGGCAUUUGAUUCUUUUCAUGCCUGUUCUAAACGCUCUCUUUCCCUGCUCGCCGUAAUUCCCGGGAGUUGGAUUUGGGGCAGGGAGGUCGUGGAGGGCUAUUGUUCCCAUUCGCUCCUGCUCGUCUGGGCUCCCGGUCGCCAGGAUGUCCCCCGACCGCUUCCCUCAAGCACCGUCACGCAGCCCCGACCGCCUUCCACUCUUAGAAAGACUAUUUCCGGUCCAGUCUUUAAACAACGGGCGAUUCUGAACUGUUAUAAUAGAGCGGGGGGAAGAAAAAAAGAAAUUUUUGCGCUCUGAUUACUGAAAGAAAAGGUGUGUGUAUGUGUGUGAGUAUUUGUGUGGGGAGCCGUAAGGGUGUUGGAAGGAGAGAUUAUGCUUUUCUCUUUCGCCCUCCUUGGGAAAACAUGGGAAUAUGGGAGGAGGGAGAGGAGAAAAGGUUAAUUAAACAGUGUUCACUGGUCAGUGGAGGGAUCGUUUGACAAAGGUCCCUUCUGUGUCACACGGGGGGUUAUUGGAGAGACUUGGCACGGAGGAUUUCCACUCAUUCCUGCAAUCCGGGUGGGUGCUGAGCCUCUUUGCGCUGUAACCCAACACUCGAUUGGUGAAGAAGGAGCUGGGCCAGGACCGGGACCAAAUGAAAUGUUGUAAUGUAAAACAGGACACGCCACAGACCUCCUAUGUUCUUAUCUACAAAACGUAGGCUUCUUCUCACUUUUCAACUCAGGAAGCAGCAAGUAAACAGCUGUUUAGUUGACGUCUACUUGCCUUUUUCAAUGCAAACAGCCUGUUUCGGGCCUAAGACAAAUGUUAAACCGGAGUAAACUGCGUCAGUGAGCAUGUUUACAAUGUAUAUCCAAAGAAACCUGUGAUUUUUCUCGGCAAAAAUGUGAUACGGUUAUCACCAAAUUGCUUGGAAGGAAAAUAAAUAUGCAUAAUUUAUUCCAAAGCACUUCUCAGAGAUGAAGUACCUGUUGUCUGUUUUAUUGGCAAGAGUAUUAUGUACUUUAUGUAUUUAUUUGCACAAGUGUUUUCAAUUGUAGCAUUUGUACAUGACUGUGAUUAUAUCAUGUUGUCAAAUGAACCUUUGUACAUUUGAAUAAAUCUGAAUGAUGCAUUCCACGGAGACUGCAUUCGGCUAGAGGUCAAAAAGUAUGUGUUUAUGCUUCAGAUAUAGAAAGAAUCGUUGUGGCUUUAAGUUUUUGGUUUAUCUUGCAUAAUCAAAGACUCCAGGACAUUAAAAUUCCAGAAAUAUGAGCAUUUUAUUCCCUCGCAUCCCAAAUUACUCUGGUGGUUGUAGAAACAGACCCAUGCUGGUUCGUGUUAAAUGUGGUAUUUCAAGGAAAUUGCUGAGGGUCUCUUAAAACACCACAGGAUUGUGGGGCGAGUCUUAUUUGAUAUUGCUUCUGAACUCUGACUUUCUCACACCUUUUGAAGGCCAAUGUUUUAAUAACUAUUACUUUGUAACAGUAUUAUCAGCAAUAUUGUCUUUUGAAAAAGCACAAAUGCUUCUUAAAGUAGCAACAGUGUGCAAUGAUCUGUUUCAAGUGUCUUUUUGUUAGUUUUUUUUUUUUUUUGAAAAUUGUUCACAGAUGAUUUAGAGAAUAAUUUGACAUGGAUCUUUGAACAAAACACCCUUAUAAUUCGUCAGUUCAGGUUCAUUUUGCUUGUAGCAUUUGUUAAAACAAGCAUCGCUAUUAUGUACUUAACAGUUUGUUCUAAACUUCUAACCUCAAGUAUUGAACUUGAGCACAUUACUUAUCCUGCAC